UAUUAUGCAAAUCAAAAUUCAGAUUUUUUUGAAAUUUCAAAUGAAAUAUUUGCAGAAAUAUUGCAAACUGGUUUUAAUUUCCAUGCUGAAGCACUUUUGGAAAUGGAAAUACUUGUAAAACAUUUUUACAUUGGUGACGAGAAGAUUACUGAAGAACUGAAGUUUGAUCUGACUGAUAUGCACUCAGAUUUUAGUUUUAACCAUCCUACUGUAAGAAGUAUAGCAACUUAUAUUAAGAAUAGAGCAGGUAAUAUUUACCAUUAUGUGUUCUCUUACAACGGAGGAAGAAAUUUGGUGAAAAGAGAGAACAAUGUGACUAUCGGAGGUGCAUCUCACGCAGAUGAACUUGGAUAUUUAUUUGACGUCUCGUUCUGGCAUGAAACACCUGAACUGCAAGACCAACUUAUAGUGGACAGAAUGACUACUAUGUGGGCCAACUUUGUAAAAUACAGCAAUCCUACUCCACAAAUCACAGAAUUGUUGCCGGUCUGAUGGGAACCAAUAGUGGAAGGAUCUCCUUACUAUUACAUGGACAUUAACUCGAAGCUCAAACUUGAACGGAGGCCUUUUCACAGCCGAAUGGCAUUUUGGAACCUUUUUUACAAACUUAACAAGGAAUAUAUCACUGGUUAUAGACAAUAAUUAUAUUGAAGUAUUUUAAUGACAUUGCAGAGAUAUUGUGGGUAAAUUUGUCAAUAAUUUGAUAUUCUGCCUUCUUUGUCAACAACGCAUUUUCAUUUUGGAGGUAUUUGCACCAAAUUUUUUUUUCUUUAUAAGAAGUCGCUUUACAACGAAACUGAAACUAAAUAAGAUAUAAAAAA